UUUGAGUCUUCCAAAAUCCAUGCCGCUGCUCUUAUUGUUGGGGAGCUCUCUGAGAAUCCCAGUCACUGGAGCUCAGCCAAGUCUCUGGACCAGUGGCUCCGAGAGCAAGGCAUCCCUGGGCUUGAAGGGGUUGACACUCGAAGCUUGACCAAAAAGAUCAGAGAAAAGGGAACCAUGUUGGGGAAACUUGUGGUGGAAGGAACUUCAGCCAAUGACAUUCCAUUUGACAAUCCAGACACCCGGAAUCUUGUUAAAGAAAUUUCCAUGAAAGAACCAAAAGUUUUUAAUCCAGAGGGCACAGUGAGAAUCACUGCCAUAGACUGUGGCAUCAAGUACAACCAGAUACGUUGCUUUUGCCAGAGAGGUGCCCAGGUCACCGUUGUCCCCUGGGAUUAUCCUCUAGAUAGCAAUG